GACCGCGACGUGGACUCGUGGGGACAAACUUCCAUUUCCGUGCACUCGAUUAACGCUGGUGCCGAGUAUGAGUGCCCCGACUCCUCCAUCACCAGUGCAGCCACGUCGCAAGCACCCGCUGAGCACGACGCUCGAUACCGAAACAGUAGGGUGCUAGUUCCACCCCCAACUUGGAAACUUCACCCUUGACGCGCCCGACCUCAAGGUAUAGGGCACGUCUGGCAUCCUCAACGGCAUGUUCGUCCAGGGAAACCUUUUGGACUCAUGGUUUACGACCGUCAAUGACACGACGGGGGUUGAACCUCCUAGCAUUCAUAUCCCAGAUAUCACGCUGGAGACCCUUGUUGGCAUUAGUGUGGCCAUCGCGGGGAACGUGCUUAUCUCGUUCGCACUCAAUAUCCAGAAACUUGCGCACUUGCGGCUUGGUCGAGAACGCAAGGAAACCAAGGGUGGCGGUCGUGGCGAGCCCGGGAGAUCACUUCCCGGUAUCCAUUAUGACCAGUCAACCCAUGAUACCAUUACAGCACCCAGGCCAGGCGAAAGUCGCGAGGACGUUCAGGAGCAUCUACCCCUGGAAACACAGCCGCUCAUGCAGCCGAGAUCCAGUAGCCUCCCCCCUCCAGCACGUUAUGGAUUAUACAGCAACGGUUCAUCUGCUGCAGGCGAUGAUACGAGAAGCGGCGUGAGUACCUACAGAGGGCGAUCUAAGCUACGUCAGAAGAAGCCCGGUUUUUCAUUUCGUUUCACCCCAUUGCGCUUGAACCUCGGGUCGUCUUCGAGCGGUCCGCAUCAAGACAACUCACUCUCUUCAGGCAGUUCGGGGAUACAUGUGGGUGCUUUUUUUCGCCCGAAGCCACAGGUCAAGCGCGCCUCGAGGGGGCAAUGCGAAGACGACAACGAGAGUGACUACUUGCGAUCCAAACUUUGGUGGCUAGGUUUCGUAUUGAUGAAUCUCGGAGAAGUAGGCAACUUUAUCUCGUAUGCAUUUGCACCUGCGUCCAUUGUUGCGCCUCUUGGGAUGUUUGCACUGGUGGCCAACUGUUUUUUUGCGCCGCUGAUGCUAAAAGAACGCUUUCGUUCGCGCGACCUUUUGGGCAUUCUUCUAGCGAUCAUGGGCGCAUCGACUGUAGUGCUUUCCUCGCCUAGCUCCGACGGUGCAACGCCACCUCUCACGGAGCACGAAUUGCUGAAAGCGAUUUCUCAACAAUCCUUCAUGAUCUUUUCAAUCAUAUAUCUUGCUUUGGCCAUCAUUCUGGGAGGGAUUAGCGAAGGACCAAUCGGGAAGCAGAUUGUGAUUGUCGAUGUUGGGCUUUGUGCGAUCUUCGGUGGGUUCACAGUACUUGCCACAAAAGCGAUAUCCACACUGUUGACGAAAGAGUGGGGGAAGAUGUUUACCCAAUGGGUUACAUAUCCGAUUCUUGCUGUGUUGCUCUUGACCGGAGCGCUGCAAAUCCGGUAUCUGAAUCGCGCGUUAAAGCGGUUUGAUUCCAAAGCUGUGAUACCCACACAGUUUGUGCUGUUCACAUUGUCGGCAGUCGUCGGAUCGGCAGUAUUGUAUGGAGACUUUCGACGGGCUACGUUCCAUCAGAUGGUAACUUUUCUGUAUGGAUGCGCUGCCACGUUUGUGGGGGUAUUCAUGAUUGCAUGGAGGCAGGAUGGAUCUAACGUGGACCCUGAAAGUGACGUCGAGGGAAACCAGCACGCGGAAGAGCGUGAGGUGGAGCGUAACGCGACUGGAGGCGUCGUGCCCUCGCGAGAAGUCCCUGUGUUGAGAAACAGGGCCAGCGCAAUGGGCAUAGUUGGGUACUCUCCAGUGCAACAUCUAUGUUUUGCACAUACCCCGCCGAGGGAUCGCGAACGGGGUGUUGGAUGUCUGUCGGGGGACGGAAUCAGGAACCGAUGACAUGCUAGAUGGCCAUUACCACAUUUGUACAGCUUUAUGACAUAAACCGAAAAUGGAAAUGGAGAUUGGGAUGA